AUGAACAACAAUAAGAAGGUAACUCGGAAAUGGCGUCGGAAAAAUACUGGCGACACUGGCGGUGGUAAAAGGCUCUCACACUCGCAGAGAGAAAUCGGUCACCCUAACUAUGAAGAGGAGGAGGUUAAAACUCGAGAGCAAAUGGAGCGAGUGGUUCUGGAGGAGUAUGGAUAUGAAGCUCGGGAGGCAAGUAGUGAAGAAGACGACGACGACGAGGAGGAGGAGAAGGAGGUGGUGGUGGAUGGAGAAUCUGAUGUUGAAGGAGAGGUUGUAGAGAAAGUGACAGAAGUUUCUGUUGAAGAGGUAGAGGAGGAGGAUGAAGAAACUGAUGCUGUAGAGAAAGUGGGAGGAGGAGUUCUUGCUGACGAGGUAGAGGAAGUGGAGGAAGAAGAAGAAGAACAAACUCAGAUUGAAGAGGGAGGACAUGACAGGGAUGACGGCGGCGGUGGCGGCGGCGGCGGCAGUAGUAGUCGUAGUGGUGGUAGUAGUAGUAGUCGUAGUAAUAGUAGUCGUAGUGGUGUUGGUGGUAGUAGUGGUGGUGGUGGUGGUGGUAGUGGUAAUAGUAGGAGUAGUAGGAGUAGUAGGAGCAAGAGCAGGAGCAGCAGUAGUGGUGGUAGGAGCAGUAGUAGUAGUGGUGGUGGUGAUGGUAGAAGUAGUGGUGGUAGUGGUAGUGGUAGUGGUAGUGGUGGUAGUGGUGGUGAUAGUGGUAGUAGUGGUAAUAGUAGUAGUUGA